UGCACUAAGCUCAGGGGGAACGCCCUGGUGGAGGCAGGUUUGGAGAAGGAAUCUUGCCCACAUCUGCCCGGUCCCGCGGACUCCACUUCGCUUGAGUUUCUGAGGAGUUACUGAGCCAAUUUGCGGAGAGCAGAGUUCGCAAGACUUUAGAAGAAAACCCGGAUUCUCUUGGGAAUCUGAGCAGGAGGAAUCUCAGAAGUCAGGACAGACAGGAGCAGGAAAACAGAUGCUAUGGCUUCAGCAAUCCUGGGGAAUGUAAAGGAGGAGGUGACCUGCCCCAUCUGCCUGGAUCUCCUGACAAAACCUCUGAGCAUCGACUGUGGCCACAGCUUCUGCCAGGCCUGCAUCACAUCAAACUAUGAGUCCAUGAUGAGUCAAAAAGGGGAGAGCAGCUGCCCUGUGUGCAGAAUCAGUUACGAGUUUGAGAACCUGCGGCCUAAUCGGCAUGUGGCCAACAUAGUGGAGAGGCUCAGGGAUGUCAAGCUGAACCCAGAGGAGGAGCAGAAGGUGUAUCACUGUGCACGCCAUGGAGAGAAACUCCUACUCUUCUGUAAGGAGGACAAGCAGGUCAUUUGCUGGCUUUGUGAGCGUUCUCAGGAGCACCGUGGACACUCCACAUUCCUCUUGGAGGAGGUUGUCCGGGAGUACCAGGAGAAGUUUGAGGAAAUGUUGCAAAACCUGAAGAGAUCCAGGGAAGAAGCUGAGGAGUGGAAAGUUGACAUCCAAACUGAGAGAACUUUCUGGAAGAACAAAAUACAGAGUGAGGUGGAAAAUGUCCAGAUAGAGUUUGGAAAACUGAGAGACAUCCUCCAAUCUGAGGAGAAGCAGGAGAUUCAAAAGCUGAAGAAGGAGGAGGAAGUUAUUAUGAACAGCCUGACAGAGUCUGAAAGUGAGCUGAUCCAGCAGAGCCAGGUGGUGAAAGAUUUCAUCUCAGAUCUGGAACAUCGGUUGGAAGGGUCAACAGUUGAGAUGCUGCAGGAUACGAAUGAUGUCAUGAGAAGGUGUAAGGACUUAAUGCUGAGGAAGCCAAAAACUUUCCCCAAGGAACAAAGAAGAGUAUUCCGAGCUCCUGAUCUGAAGGGGAUGCUGCAGGUGUCUAAAAAGCUGACAGACGUUCAACGCUACUGGGUUCACCUGACACUGUCUCCAAGCAACAAUCCAAAUAUUGUCAUUUCUGAGGACCAGAGACAAUUAAGAUAUGAACCCCAAUACUGGCGCAAGCGUGGGAAUUAUCAUGAAGGUGUUCUGGGCUACCCACCUAUCACAUCAGGAAAACAUUACUGGAUGGUAGAUGUGUCCAGGAAGGAGGCCUGGUAUCUGGGAUUGUGUGAUAGAAGUUAUUUUCAAUCCUCAAAUUUCCAAGGACGGAGUAAAAAUUAUCAACCUAGAUGUGGCUAUUGGGUUAUAGGGCUUCGUACAUUUGAAUAUAAUGUUGAAUAUAAUGCUUUUGGGGAGGAUGCUGCCCGUGAUCCUUUGACCUUGGUCCUCUCUGUGACUGUUCCUCCACAACGUAUCGGGGUUUUCUUAGAUUAUGAGGCUCGUGAACUUUCAUUUUACAAUGUUACAAACCAUGGGUUUCUUAUCUAUAAAUUCUCCAGAUGUUCCUUUCCUAAGGAAGUUUUUCCUUAUUUCAAUCCUGGGACAUGUCCAGAGCCCAUGACACUACACUGGCCAAGCUCUUGAAACUUCUUAUACCUUCACCCCAUUUGUGCAGUGCCUCUGGCCCUUUUGUGUAUCCCAUGCACCUGAGCUCACUUGCACCAUUUUAUCCACCUUUCCUUGCUGUCUUCAGCCUUUCUGUUAGGAAAUCGUUCACUCAUAGAUGUAUAUAUAAGGAUUUAUGAAUCCUCAUAUGAGGAUUUAUCCCAAUAUCACGUUUAUCCCUCCAUCAUCUUCCAUGCUUCCAAGGCAAAAUGACCAAUUCCUCAUUAAAUAAUCCCAUUAUUGAGGUAACACCUCUGCCAAAUCUUUAAAACUCUAUUCUUUUUUGCUAUUGACAGAAGAUAAAGGAGAGUUUUCUACCACCUUUCUAUAUUACUGAGGGCUAUGCAUAGGAGUACCUCUCUAUAGAAUGAUCCCUUAACCCUACGUCAGUUUACCCAUGAUGCUUCUUAUUCAUCAAGGAAUCAAGGAGUUAAGAAGACGUGUCCUAAAUGGUAUAUACUAACAGUAGUUGUUUUGUGUAUGGAGUAUCUAUGUUCAGAUUCUGUCCCUUUACAGAUUAGCCGUAUAACCUUGAAUAACAACAACAAAAAUGGAUGUGCUUUUUUUUUUUAUAAACUGAUUUUGGCUUAAAAAAUUGUAACUGAUACUUUGGAUCAGUGUGAGAAAAUAAAUGAAGUACAAAAUAUC